UUCAGUGUCGCAAACCUCUAUUAUACCCAUCCAAUUCUUCACAUCUUGGCGCAAGACUUUGGUAUCUCGGAUGAGCGUGCUUCGCUGGUUCCAACGCUGCUGCAAGCCGGCUAUGCCACCGGGUUGCUCUUCAUCGUCCCCGUCGGCGACAUUGUCCGUCGCCGGCCCAUGAUCAUCAGCCUGGUAUUCGUGACGUCUCUGAUUUGGCUUGGCUGUACAUUGGCCCAACAGUUUGAGGUAUUCCUCGGCUUGUCCUAUGUCAUCGGCCUCUUCACCGUCACACCGCAACUCAUGUUUCCUCUGACAGUACGCUAUGCCCCUGCGCGGCACCGACCCACCAUGACUGCCAUCGUCAUGUCUGGACUCGUCUUUGGGAUUCUGGUGGCUCGUUUGCUCUCUGGUAUUGUGGCCCAGUAUAGCCACUGGCGCAACAUCUACUGGAUGUCGUUUGGCCUGCAAAUAUCCAUCGUCAUCUCCGCCUUGCUGUUCAUGCCUGACUUUCCCGUGCUGAGGCCCGGCGCAACCUAUCCCGGUAUCCUGCUCAAAAUGGUACAGCUGCCGUUCCAGCAGCCCGUAUUAACUCAGUCAGCACUCAUUGCCUUUCUGCUCAUGGGAAUGUUCACCUCGUUCUGGACUACCCUGACGUUUCAGCUCGCGGGUCCGCCCUUUCAUCUCUCGACUCUGGUCAUCGGCCUCUUUGCUCUGGUGGGCAUGUCGCCGGUUCUCUUCAGCCCCAUCUUCUCACGUCUCGUCAUGACACGCCUUCAUCCGAGCGCCACCUUGAUCAUCGGCCAUCUCAUCCUGCUCACGGCUGUCUGCAUUGGAACCUUUACCGGGACGUUCUCGCUGGCGGGACCCGUUAUCUGGGCCAGUGUCGGAGACUUUGGCAUGAAUGUUGUGACUGUGUCCAACCGAAUGGCGUUUGCAAACAUCGAGCCCACCGCGCAGAACGCGGUCAACUCAGUCUACAUGGUGUCCACUUUCUGCGGCCAGUUGUUCGGCACGAGCGUAGGAAAUACGCUGUAUGCGGGUGGCGGAUGGAUCAGAAGCGGCUCAUUGUCCAUCGGUCUGGUAGGCGGAGGGCUGCUGCUGGUUCUUGUCCGAGGGCCUCACGAGAAAGGCUGGAUUGGCUGGUCCGGUGGCUGGGAGGUGAGGCUCAAGAAG